AUGCUUGGUUUUAGAUUCUUGGGUAUUUCUACUAGGAGGCUUCCUUCUUUGGUUGCUGGCAGUCUGCUUCGACGUUUUACUUCCACUCCUACACGACUAGAAGAUCUCUUCAAUGAUGUCUUCAUCACCAACACUCUACGAACGAACAAGCUGGAAAACGAAUAUGUGAAAUGUACGAUAUACGACAGCAAAGGUAAUAUGGUUUGCCAUGGCAAGAAUAUCAGGAAAGCAAAGUUUAUGCGUGAUUAUGGCCUUCUUUCUCGAGAUCUACGGAAGGUUGUCAGGUCACAUUCUCCAGGAACACGGACUUCAGGAAUGAAGGCAAACGUGGAGUUUGUGCCGCUGCUCGUUACAAGAGACGGAAGUAUUUUGUUGAAUCUAUUGAACAUCAGGGCCCUCAUUCGCCACGAUACUUUGGUGGUCUUUGAUGCUCCCACAACCACAUUUUCACCUUCAUCAAGGUUUCAUGAAUCUCACUCUCAUGGCCUUUUUCUUCAAGAGUUGGCAAAGAGACUUAAAACUGAUCACCCAGAUGCUCCCAAACUACCUUAUGAAUUCAGAGCUCUUGAGGCCAUUCUAAUAGACGUUACUUCGAACCUCAAUACCGAGCUCAAGGUCCAUAAAACGGUGCUAUCCAAUAUUCUAGCAAGUCUAGAUAAUUCGAUCGAAAGAACAAGACUUCGUUACCUUCUCAUCCAGUCCAAGAAACUAGCUCAAUUUUAUCAGAAAGCCAAGUUGACAGGUGAUUUGUUGGAUGAUUUGUUGAAUCAGGAUGAUGAGCUAAAUGCUUUAUAUCUUACCGAGAUUGAACAAGGACGUCCGAGGUACUCGUUUAACCAUCAAGAGGUAGAACUCUUGCUCGAGUCUUAUUAUACCACAAUCGAUGAGAUUGUCCAGACGAGUCAAAAUCUCAUUUCUCAGAUAAAAACAUCAGAGGAAAUCAUCAAAUUUGUGUUGGAUGCUAAUAGAAACGAUUUGAUGUUACUUGGUUUACGAUUCUCCAUCGGUUUACUUUCCAUGGGUGCCGUUCUUUACGUUGCGGCCUUGUAUGGUAUGAACUUGGAGAACUUCAUUGAAGAAAUCGACGGCGGCUUUGAGGCCGUUGUCGUCUUUGGCCUGAUUGCCAUCUUAGACAGGUGCAAAAAAUCACAAUGA